UUUUCUUUUAUUUUUAUUUUUUAGAAAUGCUUAAUUAUUAUGCUCAUGUCGUUAAUGACAUCGGCAGCUACUUUUGAAGAAUAUAGCAGCAUUGAUAAUAGUGGUGGUGACUACUUUAAUGGCUUUAAACCGUUUGGCACCAGAUUAAUUAAAAGGCGCUCGACCAACCAAGAAAAGAGAGACAUUAGUUUGUCGUACGCUGCAACUAACAUUAAUAAUAAAGAAGGAACCCAAGUGAAAACAAUAACAGUCAUAAAAAAUUUAAAUGAUAAAAAUGAAAAACUUAAAAUUGAUCCAAAGCUACACAAAAAUGAGAAUUGGGCGGAAGCUUUUAAGGAUAACUUUGAUUCGUAUGGUAUUAUACCGGAUGUGCCUGAUGUAGAUGAUCUCUUUGAGUAUGUAAAUAAAAAACAUAAUAAUGAUAAGGAGAAGGAGAAAGUGAAGAAAAAUGAAGCAAAAUUUGAAGAUAAAAAAGGUUUUGGAGAUAGGAAAGGCAGGGAGGAGAUUACAACAACAAGACCAAAUCAAAAAUUACGUCCUAAAGAAAUAGAAAAACCUGUCACGGAAAUUUCGGCCGAAAUAUCGGAAGAGAUAACGGAGAAAAUGAGAGAGGUAGAAAAAAUUAAAGGUGAUGCUGAGUUAUUGCCUAAUUUCAAUAGUAGUCGCUUAAAAGUUCGUGAAUCGUUAAUAAGUUUAAAUUAUUCUACGCCAGAACAUUCGGUUCAUCAAUAUUUCGAUAAUUAUGUACAGUUAAGUCCUGGUAUCAAAACUUUAGAUGGCUAUGAUUAUCCAAAGCCGUGUGUUCAUUCCCAGCCGAUAGGAAGUGUAGCAGUAGCAACACCAUCUGGUAAAACCUAUAACAUACCCGGUAAUAAUAACUCAUAUAUUAAUCCGUAUUUGGCUCCAGCAAUAACGAGACGGCCUCAGAUUGUACAACAACAACCUACACAAGCAUCUCCAUCAAACGUUCCCGUUUUCCCCGUUAAUUCAUUAGUACCACCAUUGCAACAACAGCAAAAUAAUAACAAUCCAACACUCAAUAAUUUUCUACCACAACAAAAUUCGGCGGCUGGCGGUGCCCAACUACCAAAUAAUUCUUUGCAACCGCCAUUAUUUCAGAAUAAUUUUCAAACCAAUCAACAACAGCAGCCACCACAACAAAAUCAACAACAGCAGCCACAACAAGGUCAAACUACAUUUAUAUCUACUAGCCAACGUCCUUACGUUUCUCCAAAUAUACGUUCGGGUCUAAGUGGUGUCAGUAGAGGUCCAGGUUCUAAUUCGAAUGGAAAUGUUUAUCAAAACGCUCAACCUGGUUAUCGUAUUAAUACAUUCAAUAAUGGCUUUCGAAAGCCAAAUCUUUUUCGUUCACGUGGUCUAAAGUAUUAAAUUUCUUUUUAUUCUAAUUUAGAUUUUUAUAGCUAUAAGUUUAGAAUAAUUAGUUAUUCGUUUACAUUUUAUAUAAAAAAAAUAUUACAAAAACAUA